UUUGCAUUAGCAAGAAUUUAUUUUUUCUUUUCAACGAGCUAAUUUCAAUUUCUAUGACAAAGUUCAUUCUAAACGCACCCAAGUUUGGUCAAUUUACAAAAUGAGUAUUCACCAUACUCUGAUGUGUACAUACGAUACAUUGUCCUGAAAAACAUAUCAGCCUACUGAGGACAUUUGUAUACAAUUGAAUUCAAUAUUUUAUUAUUUUCUUAGUUGAUUGCCCUAUCAUUAAAGAAUAAUAAUUAAAAAUCUACGGGUGCAGGUGUUAAAUCUGUGAGAGAUAAGUAAUUUUUGUACUUUGGACAUUUACAAAUUUAUGGUCAAAAAACAAACAGAAAAUCAACCUCAUAAAUAAUUAAUUUUGAUUACAAUUAUUGAUAAUAAUUCAGUCAUACACGAUCAAAAAAUAAAUAUGCCGAAAGUACGUAGAAGUAAGAAAUCACCACCAGAAGGAUGGGAACUAAUUGAACCAACUUUAGAAGAAUUAGAGUCAAAAAUGCGCGAAGCUGAAACUGAACCUCACGAAGGAAAAAGGAAACAAGAAUCAUUGUGGCCAAUUUUCAAAAUACACCAUCAAAAAUCAAGAUACAUUUAUGAUCUUUAUUAUCGGAGAAAAGCAAUUAGCAAAGAACUAUACGACUAUUGUUUGAAUGAAAAUAUUGCUGAUAAGAACCUUAUCGCUAAAUGGAAGAAAGUUGGCUAUGAGAACUUGUGUUGUUUACGAUGCAUUCAAACAAGGGAUACUAACUUUGGUACGAAUUGUAUUUGCCGAGUACCAAAAGGUAAAUUAGAGGAAGGUAGGAUAGUAGAAUGCAUACAUUGUGGUUGCCGUGGUUGUUCAGGUUAAUUUUUUUUAAAAAGAUUUUUAUUUGAAUGUAAA